UUUCCAUACAUUUUGCUCAUGUAGUAAUUUUGACUCGUAGGUUUAUCAGCAAAUGGGGUUUUGUAUUCAGAUUCAAAAGGAAAGCUACACAAAGCAUUCAUUCGCAGAAAAGGAGAAAUCAUUUUAAGUGCAGGAGCCAUUGGAAGUCCUCAACUUCUUCUUCUAAGUGGGAUUGGUCCAAAAUCUUAUCUUUCAUCCUUAAAACUACCUGUCGUUCUUCACCAACCAUAUGUCGGCCAAUCCAUGUCCGACAAUCCCCGUUUUGGCACCAACAUCAUCCUUCCAUUCCCAGUCCUUCCUUCGUCUGUAAAAGUUGUUGGAAUUUUACAAGACAAUAUCUAUAUACAAUCUAUUGCCAGCCCUUUCCCAAUUUUAGUUCCUCCAAUUUUCAGUUUUCUUACUCAAGUCACUUCCAUCACCCCAACCUUCGCAAUAUUUGUUGGAAAAUUCUCGGAGGUUCAUUCUGAAGGCUCACUUCGAUUAAAUUCCUCCACUAAUGUGAAAAGGAGUCCCAUUGUUCGAUUCAAUUAUUAUUCACAUCCUGAUGAUCUUGGUCGAUGUGUUAAAGGUGUAAGAAAAAUUGGAGAUUUGCUUAAAACUAAAACUAUGGAAAAGAUUAAGACACAAAAUUUGGAGGGCAAUAAAGGAUUUGAGUUUUUGGGGGUUCCAUUGCCGGAAAAUUUGGGGAAUGUUAGCGCUGUUGAAGAAUAUUGUAAAAAAACGGAGAGUACUUAUUGGCAUUACCAUGGAGGAUGUGUGGUGGGAAAAGUGGUUGACGGUAAUUAUAAAGUCAUUGGAAUUAAGAAUUUGCGUAUUGUUGAUGGCUCCACUUUCUCUGAGUCGCCGGGAACUAAUCCUAUGGCCACUCUCAUGAUGCUUGGCCGAUAUGUUGGCCUUAAGGUACUCCAAGAAAGAUUGAAUCUCAACUAAAAGAGGCCAUUUUUUGGUCAAUGUUCUUCUCAGUUGUUCGUCGGCUGCAUGUAUCAUGUUUUUUCUUUAAUAUAAUUAAUUAUAAUUGUGUUUUAUUAUGAUAAUUCUUUUCAUAUUUUUAAUUAGUUUCUAAGAAUCGUAUUUUUUUUUCUUCUUCUUCUUCUUCUUCUCACUUUGUAGGUUGUCCAACAACAUGAAUAAACUUAUUGUUUUGUCU